UAUUAUGCGUUAACAGCAUUUCAUGUUGUGAUAUUGAACUAAUAGUUGUACAAUUACAAUGCUUGGUUUUGUAGUCAUCGAGCUGGGCUCACAGUUUAAGCAGUAGGCGACACGUGUGUCCUGCUGUGUCCUCGCUUUUCAACCCUUCAGGUUUAAAUAUACAACAUUUCCAGUCUCAUAUGCGUAACGAUCGUGUAUGCUCCCUUCCAAGUCGGUACCCGAAUGCUACAGGUGUCAUACCUGAAGUGCUGUCACAAGGCCUAUCAAAAUGCAAACUGCCGUUCGGUUCUGUCAAGUUGGGGAUGGAGUUACCUCGAUGCCUCACUUACUGGGCGAUGUAACAGAGUUGUAAUUGGGUCAUUCCUGGUUUUCAUUUGAUCGCCUUAUUUAUAUGGCAUUUUGGUUUGUUAUAUUUAUUCCUAGUGUACGCCGGACCCCAGUCACCAUGGAGGAUGAACUGUGUUCCCCAUGUUUCGCAUCCGUCUUUCGAUGGCUCAUGAGACUUGACCAUGAAUACCAGGAGCGAGCCGCUUUGUUCUCUCACGGGCCGUUCUGAUGUCUACGGAGUCGGUAUUCGAGCCGCCUUUUACGCACAAUGGCUUGGCUCUCUUCUCAUAGAAUACCUCUCUGAGGAGAACCUCGCAGAUUUACGGUUUAUCAGUAUAUUUUCUUCAGCAGCGGCGUCUACAUCUCUCGUCAUUGGAGUAGCUUACAACUCCCUUCAGCCACUCGACACAUACUUCUUGCUUCUUCUAGCUAUGGGAUUCUUUCUAUUUCAGAUUCCAUUAUACAUCUGGCGUAUUCUCACGAGGCGUCAAGCCCACCUUGACCCGUUUCAACUCUCAAAGGAGAGCCAUGGACAUUUCUACCAUCUCAUGAGUCUUACGGUACUCUCAGCUAACGUGUCAAUUGGAACAUGGUACUUCACAUCCUUUCUACCGCACCUCGCCUGUGAUUGCCGUGACGUGAUAUUUCUACUUGGCAAGGUCGAUCUGGAAAGUCAGGGAUAUAUCAUAGCUGGCUCGAUAUUCUUCAUUGGGAUUCUUGUCAGCAUUGGCGGGUUUAUCUUUUUGAACGCUUGUUGCAUUAUCACCAAGUCGAGUUCGCAACAUAGGAGAGCGAGGUCGAGAAAUAUUUGGCGACUCAGGAUACUCCGCGCAAUAUCUGGCUUCAUAAUCUUUACACUUUUGGUUCUCUCGAUCGAACUUCCUAUACAGUGGAACCACAUCCAAGGCGUUUACGAAUUGACUACCGUCGCACAAUUACUGCCCCUUAUGCUCACCAUUGGAAUAUUUCUACGAUCUUGGGCUAUUUAUGCCAGCGGAGCUAACGAUACGUCGGGAGGACGAAGGCGUCGCAGACCUCCUUCAACUUCCACUUCAUCGACAUCAAAUUCUAGAUCGACAUCAACCACAUCAAGUGGCAAUUCGUCCCAAGUCAUGGGCUAUUAUUAUACGUACCCUGCUUACCACAAUGAUGAGGAAGAUCCCCAGUACGACUACGAUGACUAUUAUAACGAUUACAAUGAUUAUUACAAUAACUACUACAACUAUUCAAAUACAACAGAGAAUGAUCAAGCCCAGAUUCAGUGGCCUCAAGGAGUUCAUUUCUCACGUUGGUAAACUGUCAAGAAAUAAACCUCUUAUCACCACUCAUUGCUAUAAAUCAAGGUGAACCUCGGUGACUCGGUGAACCCCGCCGCAC